AUGACGGUGCUAAGGGAGAUUGCUGAUGAAUGUUGCCCAGACGACUUCGAGAACUGUUCGUGGGCUGUUGAUGAUUGCAAUCCGGGACAAUGCGCCAAAGACAAGCUGCAAGUCACGACUGCGCAGAUGCCGUCCUCGAUACAUGGUGAAAACCAUGGUGUAGAUCUAUCUUCACAGUGCUAUGGGUUCCAGAUCCCCGAGAUGAUGAGCCCGGAUUUCAAGCUUUGCUGCGAUCCUCCCUCUCGGUACAAUGAGAAAUGGCCCGUCGAGCCCAAAUAUCUCUGGAGCCACUAUUACGACGACGCCGAUGACGAUGUCACUUGGGAGUUCAGCGAUAAUUUCGGCAACAACAACAAAGACACUAGGCCGAAUGAUAUGGAAGAUGAACCAGGCACAGAUCCGUACGGGUUUGUCAUGCUGGAUGGACCCCCGGGCUCGAUCAACAAUGCUUUUGAUGCCCAGUACACCAUCGUGACCCGCAAUGAGCCGGUCAACGUGAAAAAGAGGAGCAUUGUUACAACCAAUCAGACGAUCUUAGAUGCGGUGUUUGACCAUUCUGAAGAGACUGUUCUGGUCUAUUGCAAUCAUCCCGCCGAUUCCAAGGAAUGUCGCCAGAUCUUCUACAAGGGAGCAGAGGACACUAUUAUCAAGCUCCCCGACCAUGUUGGAGAGGGCCCCUGGGCCCGCGUCGUCUCCAUGGAACCUGUGAAACAGCUGGUAAAGAGGGAUCUGCCAGAUUGGGCGUUCCAGAAAAGAGAGACAAGCCAGAACCAGAAUGGAAUAUAUUCCUUAAAGUUUGACUACAACUUCCACUUGAUCAAACGAGAAGACGAACAAGUGAACAUCCGCGUGGACUACACUAAUCUUCUGCCGUACUGGGAUGAGAUGACCGACUCGCCUGCUUCCAAGCGAAAGCGUUCAACAGACGACGGCCUGACCUUUGCAGAAUGGAAGGGCCGUGUGGAUCGGGCCAAAUCCCUGGAUACUAAACGCUCGUCUCACAGCCACACCGGAAGGUUGAAUUUCUCAUCGGAAGACAGCAGCAUCCACCGUCGGUGGUGGGGGACCUUCGUAAAUUGGGUCAAGAAACUGACAACCGUCACCAAAACCGACGGCGACAUGCUUCCCAUGGGACUCGUACGGUCUCUGAUUCUCUACAGUGGGCGUCUGAUAUGCUCCAAUGACGCAGUCACUUUCACCGCGGGGAUGGCUAUCACUGCCGACUUCAAUAUGGAGAUGAACGCUCGAUACUCCUACUACUUUUCUGGCACCGUCGUGCCGCCAUCGGUCACGGAUAUGUAUGCUUAUGUGGGCGUUCACCCGCGAGUAUAUGCAGGGAUUGGGAUAACAGGCAAUGCAGACCUCUACUACCCCAGUGAGAGGAAGAAGAUCAUUGACACCUUGACCUAUCCCGGGUUGGCGAUUAAAGGAAUCGCUGCGGUGGGACCUACGAUGGACCUCUGGGGCCAGAUCACUGGCCAGGUCACCGUCUCUGGUGACCUGAGAGUGGGAAUGACGUACAAGUUCAAGCCUGUCGAGCUGUACUUUCCCAACAACGACGAGGUCAGCAAUAACCUUGACGUCAAGGAUAUGGAAGAUACACAAGUCAACAACCAAGGUCUGGAGCCCUCAAUAUCCGGCAAUGUCCGCGCCGAUGUGGAUAUUAACAUUCACGCCACCCCGGAGAUCAACCUGGGCAUCAAGAUCGGGGGAGGAAUUGGAUCUCUCAAAGGCACACUAGCUGACGCUCAUGUUUCUGCUUUUGCCAACACGACGCUCAACUUUCAUGCCCAAGCAUCCGCCGCAACCAACAAUGGCGACAAUAGUUGGUCGUACGGGUACUCGGUUAGCUUCCUUUACCGAUUUGGUUUUGGCUGCAUAGCCGAGAUCUACAAGUAUGGCAAAUGGACCAGUGGUAUUUGGUAUCCAUUCCCUCAGCGCAGAAUCCCGAUCAUUUCCAAAACAUUCAGCUCGUUACCGUCCACGAAGCGGUCUCUCGACCAUGGGCCGUUGCUGUCUGAGGAGCCUCUUCCGGGUGCCAUCUUUGGCGGACCCGUUGUGCUUAGCUUGGACAUUGAUCCCUACUAUAGUUCCGGCAACGCAUCCCUCGCCAAGCGCGAGGGCUCGGAUCUAUCAAAGAAAGAGUCGCAGUUUACGCUGGGUUCGUUCAGAUGCGCAUCGUCCACUGGAAGUACCUGCGAUCCUUUCGUGCGGAGUGACAAUGUGCUAAGACGCGACCUUAUUCCUGCACUGGACGAGCCCAACAGUCUCCAAAAACGAACAACGCCAACGCCAACGCCAACGCCAACGCCAACGGACUGCAACAACAAACUGCCUCGUCUCUACUACAAUUGCGUGACCUUUUUCGGCGAUUUUACAUUCCAUGGUUCCGUCGGAAGAGCCCAGUUCCCCGGGAUUUGCAGCAAUGUUGAAAGGUUUCUGAACAAUAACCAGCGCGGCAAUAUCGGCGUUACCCUGACCUGGGAAUCCGGGAACCAAAAGAAUCGGAGGCGCAGAUCUUGUCCAAAGGGGAUCUGUGAUGCAGACAAUGCUAACUACGAGCUAGCAUCCCUGGGGACAGCAACUGGAAGGGACUUGAGCAACUGCGAUGAAUUCCCGUUCGCGUCGACUGAGGAAGGUGGAGACGCGUUCCUCGGGCUGCAUCCCGACGUGUUGACAGGAACAGUAAGGACAUGUGUGCCGACAUGGCAGAAUGAUGUUCAAGGAAACUGUCACAGUGCCAAUGAAGGAGCAGAUCUACUGAAUAAUCUCGAAACCAAUGUCGAGUACUUCAAUACCUAUGGCAGUCCGACGCUGGAUAAUCCCUACUGGGUGCUAUGGGGCCCGAAUAAAAACACCUGGGUGUCAAAAAGCGGGCUCGGGGGUCGGCAACGUCUGUCAAGUUAUCCGUCGGACGUUGCCGUUCCAAAGACUUUUGUCCCUGGCUUGUCCCAGGCAGACCGGGAUAGCCCGGAGAAUCUGAGCUACUACCACAAGCGGAACUUCACCUUGUUCCUGUCCUAUCCCCGUGACGGCCAACAGCCUGACGCCCAGUGGCCCAACCAGGACUUCAAGGACGGGACGUUCACCGGGAAGGGCAAGCCACCCCCCGUGACGACAACCGUUGAAUCUUCCACGUGGGUAAUUUGCGCUGUCAACACCAUGGGCGAGCAACGCUAUCGAUUUGGAAGCCGAGCCAACGCUCUUUGCACCGACGCGCAGACUACCAUGCCAGUAUGGAAUGGACUUCUACACGUGGUGAAAUUCUAUCAGUGUAAGGUCGGCUUUAGCGGAUCUCCCGGACCCACGAAAAGAGACAAUAUUCCGCUUGGGUACCUGGGUGGAGAACCAUACUAUUGUAGGUGA